GAGAAGAGUAAAAAGAACAGAGAGUGGACGUGGGAGAGACAGAGGGAGAGAGUUUUUAUUUAACUUCCAGAUUCUGGGGUUAAUCUCUCUCCGUCUCUUCUCUUCUUCCCGUUUUGUUUCUCCUCGUUUGCCUUUUGCCACCACCAAAAUGCAGAAAUGCCUGGCUUUGAUGCUGCAUGGAAUCUGCAAUGGCCAUGAUCUGCUCUAACUGUGUUGGAGACAGAAUUUGAGAUCUGGCCUUACCAUUAAGUUGGAAUGAAAUCAAAAUCGAAGAAGGGUUGGAAGGCCAUGGUGGCUCUUUGUUUGAGGAGCAAGUCAGCCUCUCGUUUUUGUUUGUUUCCAAAGGUGAAGCCAACCAGCUUUGAACCAGGAACUACACCAGUGUAUCUGAAUGUAUAUGACCUGACACCCAUGAAUGGUUACUUCUACUGGGCAGGCCUUGGUAUCUUUCACUCUGGAGUAGAAGUUAAUGGCGUGGAGUACGCAUUUGGAGCUCAUGACUUCCCAACAAGUGGUGUUUUUGAGGUUGAACCGCGACAAUGUCCAGGCUUCAAGUUCAGGGAAUCGAUAUUGAUUGGGACCACAUCUCUGGACCCUGUCCAGGUUAGGCAAUUCAUGGAGCAUCACUCCGCCAGAUAUAAUGGUAAUACGUAUCACUUAAUUGUCAAGAAUUGCAACCAUUUCUGCAAGGACAUUUGUUACAAGCUGACUGGGAAGCGGAUCCCAAAAUGGGUAAAUCGGCUUGCAAAAAUUGGUUCAAUGUGCAAUUGCAUCCUUCCUGAUGCGCUUAAGACUUCUGUUGUGAGACAUGAGCAACCAUACGACAGUGAAAAGGAGAGGUUAACAUUAAAUUGCUCCUUCAGUUGCCUAUCUUCCUUGUCAAUGGAGCAGAAAUCUGCAGAGCUCCUUCUAUCACCUCAAAAAGGCAUGCUAUCACCAUGGGGAUCGGUUAGAUCAGAUUUUUCACCACGUAAGGAGGAAAUCUGAUUUGGAGGGUUUUUUUUUCCCUUUUGCAUUAACGGAUGCUUUCCAGUUUUCAACAUGUAGUUUCUUUCAAUGUUACUUCUCCAUGUCAGUAAUGGAAGGCUGUAAUCCCCUUUGCUCUCCUAGUUUGUGGAUUGGAAUUCGUUUGCGAUCUCUAUAACACUAGUCCGUGGUUAAUUUAAGUUGCUGAUUUAUUACCGUCCAAGUUUGCAGAUGCAUACGAGAAAGGUUGUGAAUGCUGAGUCGAAAUCUGUAUCGGCAAUAUCCUCUUGAAA